AUGCAAAGUCGAACUAAAGAUACUACUGCUCGUCUUACCGCUGCUUGUUUGUCAUCACCGCCUGUUAUGCCUGAUCUGCACAAUCUAUCAAAGGACAAUGAAGAUCAGUCAGCUGGUGAAGACGAAAAUGUUUCACCUUCCGUACCUUCAGCGGCAACUAUCACAAAGAAGAAAACGGCCGUCUCAACUCGUAACGAUGUACCUGUCAUAGUUUCAAAUGCUCCAUCGCCCGUCUCGUCGCCUCCUCGUAUCGCUGCACUGAAAUCAAUGAAAAAGCCGUCUAAAGCUGUUACCAGAAAAAGAGUCGAAGACGAUGAUGAGAAUACAUCGGAGGAAGAAGAUGGCUAUGUGGCAAUGGCUUUACUGGUAACUGUUUGUUUUCGUUGA